AUGCCGCCGAUAGCUGCAACACGAUCAGGUCAAAAUAUUCGUCGUACAUGUAAAUUAAUGAAUGAUAUUUCAACUUCACCAACAGCAGCAACUAAAACAGCAUCAACAGCAUGUGGUUCUUCAGGUUAUAAUUUCUUCUUUUUUUUUCCCCCUCAUUAUUUUACGGAUCAGGUUAAAAUUUUUACAUUAUUUUACGGGCCGGAUUAA